GCCGCCACUCGCAAAUUUGCUUCUUCUUGCCCAAGUGACAUAUCGUGAAAAUGGACCGUGACUCGCUCGUCUUCCUUGCCAAGCUCGCUGAACAAGCCGAGCGCUACGAUGAAAUGGUGGACCACAUGAAGGCCGUGGCCAACAACCACAACGUGGAGCUAUCCGUGGAGGAGCGCAACUUGCUCUCGGUCGCGUACAAGAACGUGAUCGGGUCGCGCCGCGCGUCGUGGCGAGUGAUCAGCUCGAUCGAAAACAAGGGCGACUCGGACCGCGCCGAACACAUCAAGAACUACAGACUGAAGAUCGAAACCGAAUUAGUCGAAAUCUGCAAUGACAUUCUGCACAUCAUCGAACAAAACCUGAUCCCCAACUCGUCGUCGGAGGAAGGCAAGGUGUUUUACUACAAGAUGAAGGGCGACUACCACCGCUACUUGGCUGAAUUCCAAACCGAGGACGAACGCAAGGAAUCGUCGGACAAGGCGUUGGAAUCGUACAAGCAAGCGUCCACGAUCGCGAUGGCGGAGUUGCCCCCUACCCACCCCAUCCGCCUCGGGUUGGCGCUCAACUUUUCCGUGUUUUACUACGAAAUCUUGAACUCCCCCGACCGUGCGUGCAACCUUGCCAAGCAAGCGUUCGACGAUGCCAUUGCUGAAUUGGACACGCUGUCGGAAGAAUCGUACAAGGACUCGACGUUGAUUAUGCAGUUGUUGCGCGACAACUUGACGUUGUGGACGUCGGACCAAGAGCCCGACAGCGCCGACGCCAACCAAGGCGACAUGAACGUCCAAGAUGUAGAAUAAACGAUCGUUUGUUUCCAUCGCAGGGUCUCUUUUUAGAUAAUACAACCAUUAUUUUACAGUCAA